ACAUACUGGCAUUUAGAACACAUUUAUCUAAAUUAUAUUUAAAACAGCAAAUAAUUAAUCGUGAGGCUCGGAUAGACCCUGGAUUUAAACAAAUUAUUCUUAUAACAAGAUCAACAGGGGUUUGAAUUUGAGAAAACUGAUAUAGUUAAAUCAGCAGGAAUAUAUAUUUUUGUAAGGAGACUGGACUGAUUGAAGAGACAGCAGAGUCACUUGUAAAAAAAGAAAACAAGCUGAGAGGGUCACAUUUUAAAGCUGCAAACAGAGCAGAAAUUAUACUUGGUCAAUUUGAUCAAAUCUGAAGUUUCUGCCGGUUUCGUCCCCUCUGUUGUGAGUGAUAGACGGAAAAGAAAGGAGGAUCGAACCGUUAUUUAUCAGCCGGUGGGAGGAUGUGGAUGUGGCGCAGCUUCCUGUGUGUGUCGGUGGUGUGUGGCCUGGCUCUGGACUCCAACACCAUCAGAUCCUCUAAAGAGCAACAGAGCCCCGAGCUGCCGGAUCGUUACCAAGGUGAACAGUUGGAGCGUCCUGUACGGCGCCGGACGGAGACCUCCUUCAACUCCAACAGAGGACAAACACCUCCAUGUUCCACGCCUGACUGCUACGUACCUCCGAGGGGAGGCUGCAGCAACAGAGCUCAGAGGAGACCGUCCUCCCAGGACAGACAUGUGGACAGACAGCAAGACAGAGCGACAGACAGAGAGACAGACAGGCUCUUCACGGACGGCUUCAACAGGACUAAAGCUCCGGAGAUGUCGAGCUGUGUGCGCUCCGGUGACUGUGCGGCCGGUCUGUGCUGUGUCCGCUAUCUGACCGGAAAACGGUGUCAGAGGAUCCCGGGGGAGGGGGAGGCCUGUCUGCUGCGGGGGUCCACCAAGCUGAGGAGGAAGCUGGGGCGCUGUGACUGCGACGCGGGGCUGUCCUGCACCGCCGUCAGCCGGCCGGAGACAGGGAGAGCCAAAGGCCAGGGGGUGUGUGCACUCCGCCAGAGAGAGGGCCAGAGGAAAACAAGGCAUUCUGGGAAGAAGAGGAGGACGGCAGAGAGGAGCUGCUGA